CCCAAUGAAUGUUUCUUCCCCUUCUUGAAUAUAGGCAGACUAGGGGGGAAAAAUAACUGGACACCCCCAUCUCUUUGAUUUUACAUCUAAAAUACCCAGGAAUUCUUGCAGUUUAGAAAUCGCCGGGCUUGGAGGCUCCAUCAUAAAUAGUCUCCCACUUUCAUGCGGGUUUGCCGGGGGCGGUCUUCCGCCCUCUCUUCUCCGUCGUGAGGCGGCGGCCGGCGCCGCUGCCAUUAACCCUUCCCCUCUUCAAUGGAAGGAUGGUUGGUGCCGGAUGAUGAGUGCUCCUCCAGUGACGUCUGCCACAUCCUCCGCAAGCUUCAAUGCAUCGGCUUUUGCUCUGCUGUCGAUCCCAUCGUCGACGACUCUCGCUUCGAACAGAUUCUUUCAGUUUUCUUGAAGGAGCUUCACUGCAAGCGGGAGAUCCGGCCAUUCCCAGCCAUGCUUGGCGAAGGGAGGCCGAUAGACUUAUACAAACUCUACCUUCUAGUUUCUGAGAGAGGUGGAUACAAUUCCGUGACUGCCAACAAGUCUUGGGCUGGUGUAGCAGAAGGAAUCGGAUUGGAUUCGGCUCUUGGGUGUCCCUUGAAACUGAUAUAUGCCAAGUACCUCAACAUGUUAGAGCGUUGCUUGCAGAUGGUUCCGGCCAACAGGCCGGGAAUCGGAGGCUAUUCGGGGUCUGAAGAGAAUCUGGGAGUCUUGAUGAGUGAUCCGGAGCCUGAGGUUAGAAGCCUUUUCAAGGAGAUCCUGAAACGGAAGAGGGAGGAUGGUAUAAACUUAACAUUGUCGCCAUGUUCAAAGAUGGAUCAAUUCUUGACUCGUGCAAGACAGAAGGAGCCAAUGCUGCUGCUUGAUAAUGCCAAAUGUGUUCGGCCUAGUCGUUCGACGGCUUUGAGUCCUAAGUUGGCGAACGGGAGUUUCUCUUCUCUUAAGAGGAAGAGGGAGUCACUCAUAGGCAUGUUGAAUUGGGUGAAAACUGUAGCAAAAAAUCCUAUUGAUCCUUCUACAGUAAAGAUUCUUCCAUCAGAUGGCCCGAAAGAUAUGAAAAAUUUGGUCGGUCUGCAUUAUUCUCUUGCAUUUCAAGUUCGGAAAGUGUUAUUUCUUAAGAACAUUCAUAGGGAGGACAUUAACACAUCCACCUCACAGAAAGGGCAGAAGAUUCAUUCUUUCAUGUAUGAGGACUGUAACGGUGCUGGUAAUACAAGUUUUCAAACAUUAAGAUGCACCAAGGGGACCUUUUCCUCUGACAAGCCAUCUCAUUCUGGUUCUUGUUCCAAAGCAUCCACAGUUUGUAUGGGUGAAAAGGAUGAUGGUCACAUUAAUAAUGCAAAUGAGGCCAACAAUUGCCGACGAAAAUUGAGAAGUUUUGCUUUACUUCCAGAUUACUUAGCUGAUUGUGAACUAAAUCGUAUACCUGUUGGUUCAUCCUUUCAAGUGCAAGUGCCACCUUGGACCAGAAAGCCUGCAAAUUUGUAUGAUUCCGAUGACCUGAAAUGGUUGGGAAGACGGAUAUGGCCUCCGGAAGAUCAUGAGAAAAAGCUGCCGUCCCCACCAACAAAUCUAAUUGGGAAAGGAAGGGAAGACAGCUGCAAGUGCAGAAAUCCUGGCUCUGUGCAGUGUGUGAGAUUUCAUGUGGCAGAGAAGAGGCUCCAAUUGAAAUGUGAACUAGGUGUAGCUUUUUACGCAUGGAGAUUUCAUUUCAUGGGCGAAGAAGUUGCAUUGUCGUGGAAAGAGGAGGAAGAACGGAGAUUCAAGGCGAUAUUCCGCCUAAAUCAACCACCUCACAGCCAAAAUUUCUGGAAACAGCUUCAUCUGUGUUUUCCUAGAAAAGGAAACAGAAAUCUGGUUAGCUAUUACUUCAAUGUGUUCCUCCUCGCUCUCAGAAGUUAUCAAAAUCGAGUGAGCCCAAACAACAUUGACAGUGAUGAUGAGGAAACUGAAGUCGGCUUUCUAAAUUGCUCUUUUGGUUAUGGUUCCAUAAGAUUUCAUGAUCCUAAAUCGAUCGUUUGUGCUCAGAAUUUGCAGUGUGUUGAUUUAGCUGAUUAGCUGUAUUGUGCUCAAACAGAAGACCGUUGCAAUUUUUUUCCUGAAAGGAUCAUUCUCUAAGGAUUUGCAGUUUAUGUGAGAUUGAGGAACCUUUUGGGCAGUUAGUGAUUUGGCAGGAAGGGUCAGCGGAAUAUGUUGAGAGUAUCAAGCCAAAGCAUGAGAGGAACACCCUAACAGGUAUUUAAUUUUCACUCUGUAAGAUUUGAACUUUUUUUUCUUUGUGUAAAUUGCAUGGGAAAAUUCUAAAAUUGUUGCCAUCUUUAUGAGGACACUUCUAGUUCAUCUAGCACUAGAGAAAAUAGUUUUAAUCACAAGAUCAAAUCAUUUUAAAAUGAAUUGGAACAAAACAAAGAUAUAGGGUUUUCAUUA